CUGAAACACCGACGUAUUUCUGAGACGUCUUCACACUUUAAUAUGCAGACUGAGAAUUUAUACACCAUAUUAAAGCUGGUCGAUCACUUUAUCGAAGUCUGCAUCAAAUGAUACAAUCAACCGGCGGCUUAUUCCGCUUCCAUAAACCAUUAAAUAAAUACUUUCCUUCGAUAUAUAGAAAGGAACGAUCAGUUCUUCAAUUAAUUAUUCGUUUUAAUAAUUAUAGCAGUUAUUACCCUCUGACUGCGGUGUUGACUGCCAGCGGUCUCUGCUGACGUUCACAAAGGGCAUUCCUACCGUCCUACGUGAAAAUAUGGACAUACUAAUCGUUUUAUUGUGCAUUUUGGGAUUCACGUUAAUCGAACUUCUGCCGCCGGUAAAUGGCGAAAUGGAGACCGAUUGCAAUACUCGUCCAGGAAGUUUUCCCAAAGCUGCAGUUUUUUCGCAACCGACGUUUCCUUUCCGCACCGAUAAAUUAACAUGGGAUGAGUGUAUGGCGUAUUCUAAUGUGACCGAUGGUUCCCGCUGCAACCCGGCCGGUCUGCAACAGUUCUGCAAUCGAACAGUACCGGAUGAAUUUUCCUUGUAUCCCAUGUCACGCACCUUCCUUGCAGUGGAAUGCGGGCAGAGCACUCGACCGCUGUUGGCCAGUGUAACGAAGAAAGUGAGCACAGUUAGUCCUAACCGCGCCAUUACUAUCAACCUGAACGAGCGCAACGACACCCUCUUGGAUCCCGUGCAUCCUGACGUCGUUGAGCCGGUUCGCCAGCAACUAAUCGAACUAAAUAUUGGUUACUGUGCCACUAGAACGAUAAUGUCCAAGGUGUAUGCACUGGGUCAGCUGCCGUAUGUCGUUCGACUCAGUAUAGCAUUAUGCAAGAAUAUGAUCGUCAAGAAGAAGGAUUUCCAGAAUGUCCAGCAGUUGCGCGUCUUUUAUUUGUUCCAGUCAACGAUCGGCGCCAUGGAACCAUACACCUUCACUGAUCUUGUGCAUCUGCAAAAUCUCGCACUAGAAUCCGGUUUGUACUUGCGAAUGAAAAAUCGAGACGAAGACGGGGGUUCUCCGUUUUUCCGUAUGACCGACGAAGAAAGCCAGGACAUUCGCCGAUUGCAUUGUGACUGCUUGUUCGCCUGGUUUCGAAAUUUCCUCCAGGAGAAGCCAUAUCUGCUUGCCAGCAGAACGCGCGGCGAGAUAUUCAGUAUUGGAAAUUACAUGUCGGAUUACGUUUUCGCCAACAACGCCGAUGGGACCCAGUCUAUGUUUUAUGUUGACUGUGCAAAGAAUUUGUCCAUCAAUAACAUAAAUGCCGGUCCCCUGUUUUCCUAUAACACACAGUGUAUCAAGAAAAAGUGUUAGCUUUUUUCAUCUUGCUGCAGUGUUUGAGGGUUGAAUGUCAUUCUGUAAUAUGUGCAGUAGUUUCAUGUGGCCAGGAUGCAGCUGCUAUGAUGCCACAACAAUUCUUUUCUGGUGCUUUUCACAUCUUCCUUUUUUCGCUCCGUUUGAUUGCUAUUCUUACAGUAUAACGUAAUAGGAAAAACAAGUAUUUCGAAAAGACACACUAGAACUACCUUUCUUGCCGGCGAUUAUACUCAGCUGUGCU